CGCGGGGACGGAGGUCCCCUCGGGCGGGCGCGGUGCCUCUGCCGGCGCCCGGCGGCGGGCGGCCGCGAGAUUCGGAGAGCCGGAGCCGCCGCAGGAGCCUGGAAAUGUUCUGUCUCUGCUGCCUCCUGGUCAGAUACCUGUUCCCGGCCCUCUUGCUUCACGGGCUGGGAGAGGGUUCUGCCCUCCUCCACCCGGACAGCAGAUCCCACCCAAGAUCCUUAGAGAAGAGUGCCUGGAGGGCCUUCAAGGAAUCCCAGUGCCACCACAUGCUCAAACAUCUCCACAAUGGUGCUCGAAUCACCGUGCAGAUGCCACCCACAAUUGAGGGGCAUUGGGUCUCCACAGGGUGUGAGGUAAGGUCGGGCCCCGAGUUCAUCACGAGAUCUUACAGGUUCUACCACAAUAACACCUUCAAGGCCUACCAGUUUUAUUACGGUGGCAACCGCUGCACAAAUCCCACUUACACCCUCGUCAUCCGUGGCAAGAUCCGCCUGCGCCAGGCGUCCUGGAUCAUCCGAGGGGGCACCGAGGCCGACUACCAGCUGCACCACGUCCAGGUCAUCUGCCACACGGAGGCUGUCGCCGAGAGGCUCAGCCAGCUAGUGAACCGCACGUGCCCUGGGUUCAUCCCAGCCGGGAGCCCCUGGGCACAGGAUGUCCCCCACGACCUGUGGCGCGAGGAUAGCGGCUGCGAGUGCACCAGGGCCAUGAAUUUUGCGAUGCACGAGCUUCAGCUGAUCCGGGUGGAGAAGCAGUACCUGCAUCACAACCUAGACCACCUGGUGGAGGAGCUCUUCCUUGGUGACAUCCACACCGACGCCUCCCAGAGGAUGUUCUACCGGCCAUCAAGUUACCAGCCGCCACUGCAAAACGCCAAGAACCACGACCACACCUGCAUCGCCUGUCGCAUCAUCUAUCGCUCGGACGAGUACCACCCCCCGAUCCUGCCCCCAAAGGCCGACCUGACCAUCGGCCUGCACGGGGAGUGGGUGAGCCAGCGCUGUGAGGUGCGCCCCGAGGUCCUCUUCCUGACCCGCCACUUCAUCUUCCACGACAACAACAACACCUGGGAGGGCCACUACUACCACUACUCCGACCCCAUCUGCAAGCACCCGACCUUCACCAUCUAUGCCCGGGGCCGCUACAGCCGGGGCGUGCACUCCACCCGCGUCAUGGGAGGCACCGAGUUUGUAUUCAAAGUGAACCACAUGAAGGUCACCCCCAUGGAUGCAGCCACGGCUUCACUUCUCAACGUCUUCAGCGGUAACGAGUGUGGGGCCGAGGGCUCCUGGCAGGUGGGCAUCCAGCAGGAUGUGACACACACCAAUGGCUGUGUGGCCCUGGGCAUCAAGCUGCCUCACACAGAGUAUGAGAUCUUCAAGAUGGAGCAGGAUGCCCGGGGCAGGUACCUCUUAUUCAAUGGCCAGAGGCCCAGUGACGGGUCCAGCCCCAACAGGCCAGAGAAGAGAGCCACGUCUUACCAGAUGCCCUUGGUUCAGUGCGCUUCCUCUGCACCCAGGCCCGAGGACUUGACCGAGGAGCACAGAGCCCACCAGUACGGGAGUGGGGCCCGCCAGAGCAGUAGCUUCCCCACCUUCCUUACUGCAGUUGCCUCCCUCUGGACUGUGCCACAUUGGAACGUCCUCAGAUAGAACUUCCUAAAAAGUUACAUUUUUCCAAACUGGGAUUCCUCACAAUUUACAGAUUCUUCUUAGAAAAAGAAAAGACAUGUACUCUCUGGAUGCACUUACAUGCCUGAGCAUUGUUCUUAUUCUCCUCUCGUCCCUGUCCUCCUUCCCAGCCACUGAGUCAUGAGAGUGCUUGUUUGAAGUUUCUGCUUUGAACUCCAUCCAGUCUGAUCCCUGGCCUGGGUCACUCCACGGCAGUAAUUGCACUUUAAGACUGCAGAGAGUGUCUGGCUAGUGUGGUUGGUAGGGGAGCAGGGUGAAAGCUAGGUCUUUCCCCAACCCCUUCUUAAUUAUUGUUAUAUUUCUGAGUUGAACUUAGAAGAAACAAAGGUCAAACUAUAACUUCUACUGCCUUUUUACUAGGAUUAUUUCCUGUCUCCCUUUGAAACUGUUUUGCUAUCUGAGUUUUACGACCUAGGAUCCAGUGCAGAGUUGGUUUGGGACUGUAAUGAAGACAUCGUUUAAUAAAGAAGAGACUUGGGCGUGGAUAUGUGCAUAUGAAAAGACAUGAGGUUUAGCUGAACCACCUUUGUGGCCUUUAUGCAAAAAAGGAAGAGGAUUGGAACUUUAAUUUCAGAAAUGGUGAAUGGAAAAAUAUGUGUAAUUAAAGUUUCAAAGUAAUUUAAACUAUUUUUACCAUAGUUGUUUUAAUUUGCUAAGAAGAGAGAGCUUUGUGGUUUUUGUUACAUGUUGACUUCCGGAUGGUUACAGAACGUGAGUUUCUUCCAUACCCUCUGAGUAGACAAAGGCAGUAGAGAACAGAUGACAAGCAACCCUGUCGCAAGUCAGAGGAUACCCCAUGAAGAAUGACCUGUUCACUUUACAACUUCCUGCUCAGGGGACCAUACUGGCUCACGUUACAUCAGUUAGGGGUCAGCAGAAGGAGCUUAACUUCUGGCAUCUCUGCUAUGCCCAGAAAUGAACAUACAGAGGCGAGGCUUGGUGCUAAGUACCCGCUGUUCAGAGCAGAGCUGUGGGGCCUCCAGUAGACCUGGAUUUGAUGUGCAAUUGAGACUUUGUGUCCAGUCUUCUCACUGUUGUACAGCACAGCUUCACUCGGUUUCUUCACCCCCCACAGAAUUUAGACACUGGGGGCAUAAAUCAGUCUGCCUCUGUCCAUAGCUUUCAACUGUUACAAAUGGUGCUACGUAAACACCAAGCAUUAUCACUAGAUAGCCCGGG